AUGUUUUUCUCUGGAGCCAAGGUCUUAACCUUGGGCUUGUCCAUUCUCAGCUGCAUUGCGGCUAGUCCAAUCUACCCCCGACUCCCUUCAGGCCAGCUCAUCGGAUACCGCACUACGCGUCCGCGUCCGACUACAAGUUCGACCCCCUUGGCAUGUCUUUUGUUCUUGAUCGUUCUGACUUCAAAUAGGUAUUGUGCUAUUUCGGCUGAUCCUAAUGCUUGGAACGCGAUCGCUAAGGCCUGGAUCCCUGAGAUUGGCCCUGAUGGAAACAGACUCUGGGGAGAUGAUACGCAUCUCUUCGCUCAGAAGAAAUAUCUUGAAAGCCUCGGUCUUGACCCGGCUAAGACCAUCCGCAUGUCUUUAAUCGAUACUCGGCGCGAUAAAUUCGAACCACUCGAUAAACUCGAUAAACUCCAGAUGGUUAUUCCAAAUGAGUUGACUAAUGCCAAUGGAGGUGGUUUGAAAAUAAGAGUUGAGUGCCAUCCAACCAUCGAGGAAUUUGACGGCAAUACCCCUGAGAUCGAUUACUACUCUUGGAAAAACGUCCAUGGUAAACCGCAGUACGCGGCCUGCUCCUAA